AUUAGAGUUGUUCCGAUUCCGAUACCAGUAUCGGAAAUGCCUCCGAUACUGCCGAAUAUGCUGGCAUCGGAAUCGGCGAGUACUGGAGUCCAGGCACCGAUCCGAUACCAUAUAAUUUAUUAGAAAUAGGAGUCUAUUUACUGAUUAGCUCCGUUAGCUUACAGUUCUUCUUCGCCGCUCUUAAAACAGUUGCGCUGUGUUGCCAUCGGCAGCUACUGUUGUUUUAGAGGGGCGAAGAAGAACUGACCACCUGACUCCUCCCUUAAAAGGAGCUAACCAUAGAGCUAACGUUAACGCAUCAUGUCGGCAGUUUGGCAGUACUUUACAGUGGAUUUUCCCACCAGUAAGACGGCGAAAUGCAACAUAUGCAAAGAAGCAAUUUCGAGGGGUGGCACGAAUGUUGCAAAUUUCAACACCAGCAACUUAAUCAAACAUUUGAAGACACGACACACUAAAGAGCAUGACGAAUUCACCAAAGCUAAGGGUAAAAAAAAGGACGAACUGCAGCAACAAACUCUGGAAACUGCCUUCCAGCGACGAGAUAAAUUCCCCAAAGACAGCCAAAAAGCAACAAAGAUAACCGACAAAAUUGUGGAGUUUAUUGUCCUGGAUGACCAACCCCUGUCUGUCGUCGAAAAUGUGGGAUUUCGCCGCUUAAUGGAGCAUUUGGAGCCAAGGUACUGUUUGCCAGGUCGUAAAUAUAUCUCUGAAACUGCGCUACCCAAAUUAUAAGAGACAGUUAGGGAGCACAUUUUGUGUAUGCUGAAAGACGUGCAUGCAAUCAGCUUUACCACGGACAUUUGGAGCUCCGACGUGUGCCCCAUGUCUUUGCUAAGUUUAACGUCACACUGGGUGGACAGAGAGUCAACAUUUACCCCUCGAAGUGCGGUGCUGCACGCGAACGAGUUCCGAGGGUCACAUACUGGCAAAUCAAUUGCCGAAGCAAUUGAGGAGAUGCUAGUAAAAUGGAAAAUCCCCAAGUCCAACGUUCAUGUUGUUUUGCGCGACAACGCUAGCAACAUGAAGAAAGCCAUGGACGAGAUGGAUGUAGCAAGUUUGGGAUGCUUCGCCCACACUCUCCAGCUGGUGGUGCAUGAAGGACUACUGUCACAGAGAAGUGUGAGUGAUGCACUGGCGAAUGGUAGGAAGAUAGUCGGUCAUUUCAAACACUCGCCACUGGCUACUACACGCCUGGAGGAUAUUCAAAAAGAUCUCCAAAUGCCCACCAAACGUCUGCACCAAGACGUAGCAACACGAUGGAACAGUACCUACUAUAUGGUCGAAAGUUUACUGGAGCAGAAGCGGUCAAUUUCAGCAUAUGGAGCUGACCACGACCUGCCAGUGACCCUUACGUCUUACCAGUGGGCUUUACUGGAGAAAAUCAUCAUUGUUCUGGCACCAUUUGAAGAACUGACCAGACAGAUUAGCUCCUCCACCUCUUCUGCAGCUGAAGUCAUUCCCUCAGUCACAGUGCUGAAACGCCUGCUUGCUCGGGAGAACGAGGGGGACACGGGUAUAAAAACCAUGAAAACAACCCUUCUUGAGGCUGUCCAGAAAAGAUUCAAGACCAUCGAGAAUGAGCCCUUGUAUGCAGUUGCCACUCUUUUAGACCCACGAUUCAAAGACAGAUACUUCACAGGAGCAGACAGCAACAAGAAUGCCAAGGAUGCUCUGACCCAAGAGGUGGAGAAGAUGGAGGCAGCGUUACUGAGCAGGACCACACCUGAGGGAGCAGAGACAGUGCCAGAAAACCCCCAUAAAGCCCCACGUCUGGAAGCACAGCCAGACAGCAGCAGCAGCAGCAGAAAGAGCAGCUUGAAAGGCCUGUUUGAGGAAAUCCUGCAGGAGCAUGAUGAGGAACGUGGGGCAAGUAGCACUAGCACACAAGUUCAAAAUCAAAUACAGACAUAUUUGACAGAGCAAACGGUCCCACGCUCAGACAGCCCAUUCCAGUACUGGGGAGUCAACCAAAUUCGUUUUCCCACCCUGGCUGCCACUGCUGCAAAGUUUCUCUGUGCUCCUUGUACCAGUGUUGACAGUGAGAGACUGUUCAGUGUAGCAUCCAACAUUAUUGAUGCAAGAAGAAACAGGCUAGGAGGAGAGAGGGCAGAAAUGCUCAUCUUCUUGAAGAAGAAUCUGCCUUUGCUCUUGAAAUUAUGAGCAAUACUAAAUUGCUUAAAUGCUACUGCAAUGUGUAGCCUACUUGGUGUAAAGUAUUUUUUGUUUAAUAUGUAGCUGCUACUCUUUUGAUUUGUAUUUUUGUUUAUGUUUACUUUAUAGGUUGGUGUUGCACUAUUGUUAAAUACUGCACUAUUUGAAGAUUUGAAUGCCUUUUUAUUACAUAAUGGCUGCACUUUAAGUUUUUUUUUUUUAAAGGAAUCAUUGAAGUUGCUGUUGGACUACUGUUUUAUACUGUUCUAUUUAAAUGCC